ACCGUCAUCAUGACGUCACCAAAUUCCAUUUCGAAAAGGACACGCUGCGCAUGACCAAGGAACGUCACUUGUCGACGCUGAGCGCCGUCACCCUCCACGCCACUACUCCAGCAUUCGACACAGGACAUACAGUUUUACAGUAGGCCAGUCAAAACAAUAAAUACUCUGUUCGGUAAACUUUACCCUUUUUAACUGUUUCAAUGCAUCUUAGUUACGCAGUGGGUGUAGUGCAGUUUCCGAUGUGCCAAUACGUUUAACCCCCUUGUGGAAGACAAGUUGAUUCGGGUUUUAGAGAACCAGCAGCGGUUUCUGGUCUAAAAAUAUCCUUCCGGUGCAUUCCUGUGCAUGCUCUCUUCUUAGGUGGUAGUGGUGGUCAAUUAUUUAACAAACAAACGAUGCGCUGUUCGGUGUGCAAUUACUAUUCGUGGAGCUACUUCAUCGCGUUUGGCGAAAUCUUCAUCUCGUUUCACAUUGCCCGAGCCUUCCUGCACUGUGCCCGUUCGGCGGCCGUGCCUCAGGAAAUAGCCUGCAACGAUGUCGAACCCAUCUUCGUACUACUCGUGCUGUACAACUUGCUGUCGUUGCUACUCAUCAUCGGUGUAACGAAGCGCAAUGAAAAGCUGCUACAGAUAUAUCAAACCUGCACAAUCACCCUGAAAGCAUCGGCCAUCGUGCGUCGGAUAGUGCUCAGCGCGACAGAGUACAACGAGAGCAACGUGGGCAAAACUAUCAUUGAGCUUAAAAUCAUCAUCGUGUUUACGCUCAUCUUCACCCUGGAAGCGCUAGUGGUCGCUGGUGCCUGUCGGAAAAUGCGACGCGAGCAGCAGGAACAGCUGUACUACAUUGACGUAGUUUAGGGAGUGUGUCACCCGUUGGACCGAUGCCGCUCAGAGGCACGCACUUGCUAGGAUGCUGACGGACAUUACCGAGCGUUGCGUAGCGUUUUCCGUCCAUCAGUCACACCGCAGUCCAGUGCUGCCAGGAAAGAGUCGCUGACGAUGUCAUUCCAUCCACUACGGCGCUCAUGCAAUUAGCCAACAACAUACCAAACCAUACCUACAUAUAUUUACAUUUUACAUUCGCGUAGUACGUGCUUCUUAGGUGAUGAUUAUACAGCAGAAAGGCAGGACGGGAUGAAGUAAAACAUGGAAAACAUUACUUCGAUAAGAGGAAACUUAAAGGAAUGAUCAACCAAUCCGCCACCACGGAUCACAUGAGAUGAGCAUCCAUGUGCAUCCUUCUUAUCCAGUGCUUUUUGAUGAACCCGAUUAGGAAACGUGAUUAGAGCUAUGUGACGAAACAAAACAAAACAACAAAAAUUGCGCAAAAAGUCCCAAAGAGAAAUUUAAAGAGGCCUGACAGUUUAUGUUCGAGUUUUCGAUGCAUUUGCAAUAAAAAAAAACCAACAACCACUGUACCAGUAACGUUUGGAAGUAAGUUUUUGCUACUCUGACGGCAAAAGUA